AUGGUGGCGAUCAGGCUGAAAAGUACCGCGGCUGUUUGGUUGGAUAGACUUGUUGUUCAGAGGAAGAGGCAAAAGAAACGCCCUAUUCGAACUUGGAGAAAGAUGAAACGGUUGAUGCUUGAGAGAUUUUUACCUGAAGAUUAUGAACAAAUUCUGUAUAAGAUGUAUAUUGAAUGUGUUCAGGGCAAGCGAUUAGUGAGUGAGUACACGGCUGAAUUCUUACGUUUUUCUGAACGUAAUGAAUUAGGUGAGUCCGAGAAUCAGAAAGUGGCUCGUUAUAUUAGUGGUUUGAAAAGUUCAUUGCAAGAGAAGAUGGGAUUACAAACUGAGAAUAAUGUUGAUGACAAAGAGAAAAGUGCAACAACCAAAGAUUCAAACUCAGUUAACAAAGCAGGCAAUUCUGGCAAUGCACCGCAAGGCAAGACCCUCAUCCAAAAACAACACAACCCUUAUGUGAAGCCUACCGAUGAUACUUGUUACCGUUGCGGUGGGAAGGGUCACAGGUCCAAUGUGUGUCCAUCAAGGAGGGUUGAUAGAGUAGUGUGUGAAAGGGAUGAUGAUGAUGAGUAUCUUGCUGACAAAGAUGAAUACGCAGAAGCUGAAUUUGCUGAAGAAGAAUCUGAUGAGAGGAACAAAGUGUGUAAUCUGAUUGUGGAUACUGGCAGCACGGAAAAUCUAGUGUCGCAGAAACUAGUAGACUAUUUGAAGUUAUCCACUGAACCUCAUCAGAAGCCAUACACCCUCGGUUGGGUAAGCAAGGGUUCCCAAGUUCGAGUUACACUAGCUCACAAAGUUCCUAUCUCCAUCGGAAAGCAUUACAGAGAAAAGGUACUUUGUGAUGUUCUUGAUAUGGAUGUUUGUCAUGUUUUACUUGGUAGACCUUGGCAGUUUGAUAAUGAUAUCACUUAUCGAGGACGAGAUAAUGUGAUGAUGUUUACAUGGGGAACACAUAAGAUUUCUAUGGCUCCUGUUUUACACUUUGAAAAGAACCAAAGGGAAAAUAAGUCUAGCUUCUUGUUGAUGACUUAA